UACACGCUAUAAUGCUCUGGGGGCAUAGUAAGGCGCUACUCGGGUGGGGGAGGUAUCCCGAUGGUUUGGUUUUAUUCUGAUGUUAGAAAAAUGUGAUGGCGGGUUUCGUGAGCGAAUUUUCCGGCAGUCGAAGGACGAGAGCGUAGGAGCAAGGCCCGGUUUUUAUGAUCUUUUGUAGAAGUGCGAAUGGCGGUUGCUUGUGGGGAGGGUUAGUCGGCCGUGCCUAGAUUGAUUGAUAGGUAAUGGGCAGGCUUUUAUUUCAAUUAAAGGAACAGACCGAUAGCCGAAUUUCCUCCCCAGAUCAGCCUUCACGUUUUCUAUCUUGGGGAAAUAGCCGAUGUUUUUUGACUAACUUUUGACAUAUAGUCUAUGCUAUUGUAAAAUUGUUUUAAGUGGCGAGCUAACGUGUGCCCAUUUCCCAUCGCGUAAAGAGUUCCAUUUUUUUAUCAAACUGUGGCGCUGAAGGCGGACUAGAAUGCUCACGCGUUGCCAGCAGCAACAGUAACCAUGAUGACAUCCUCAUCGGUGCCCAUGGAGGAGUUUCAGGAUGAACAGAUGCAGGAGGAGGAGCAUGUGGGGGGAGAGACUGCGGAGCAGCUAAAUGAGGAAGAAGAGAGAGAGGAGGAAGAGAGCCGCCCGGCACCAGCUGAGCCACAGACGCCCAUGGAGGCCUAUAAAGCUGCCAUCUACAGACACCCACUGUUCCCCCUUCUGGCGUUGCUCUUUGAGAAGUGUGAGCAGUCCACCCAGAGCUCAGAGUGUGUGACGUCCGCCAGCUUUGAUGUGGACAUCCACAACUUUGUGCGGAGUCAGGAGAAAGAGAGCAAGGCAUUCUUCAGUGAGGACCCUGAACUUGACAGCCUGAUGGUGAAGGCGAUCCAGGUGUUGCGCAUCCACUUGCUGGAGCUGGAGAAGGUGAGCGAGCUGUGUAAGGACUUCUGCAGCCGCUACAUCGCCUGCCUCAAAACCAAGAUGAACAGUGAGACCCUGUUGAGCAGCACUGAGCCAGGCAGCCCAUACUCCCCCACGCAGGCGCAGACCCCUAGUUCUUUCUCUGGGAAUGUCAGUCCUCAGGGUAUCGUAGUACCAGCAUCUGCUUUACAGCAGGGCAAUGUUACCGUGACAACGGUCAACCCUACACAGGUGGUGUCAGGUGGAACAGUGUAUCAGCCAGUUACCGUUGUGACCCCACAAGGGCAAGUGGCUCUCUCACCUGGCACAAUACGCAUUCAAAACUCACAGCUCCAGCUCCAGCUGAACCAGGACCUGAGCUUCUUGGGUCAGGACGAAGGCUCGUCCAAGGCCAAGCGGGGCAUCCUCCCCAAACAUGCCACCAGCGUCAUGCGCUCCUGGCUCUUCCAGCACAUCGGGCACCCGUAUCCAACAGAAGAUGAAAAGAAGCAGAUCGCCUUGCAGACCAAUCUCACCCUGCUACAAGUCAACAACUGGUUCAUUAAUGCCAGGAGGCGGAUCCUGCAGCCCAUGCUGGAUGCCAGCACGUCAGACACGCCCAAGAGCAAGAAGAAGACGCCACAGACACGCCCCCUCCAGCGCUUCUGGCCCGACUCCCUUGCUUCCUCCGUCUCCCGGCAGCAGGUUGCCAUGGAGGACGGCACCAUGAUAUCAGUCGGCAUGGUGACGGGAGAGGACGGGCUCCAGACGUUGUCAUCAGAUGGCGCAACGAUGGCCAUGCAGCAGGUGAUGAUGGGAGGGCACAGCGAAGAUGACGAUGACGAGGAUGAUGAAGAGCAAGAGGACAAUCUAUCCCAUGCUGACAUGAGCAGGCUGGGCUUGGAAACCAGCGACUCUCUGUAGGAACGCAGAAAUAGAUUUACGUUCAUGCACACACACUCGCUCUCUUUCACUCACACACACACACACACACACACACCACACACACAUCACACACACUCUGCGACUGGGAUGCAGAGACACUCUAAAGGAUACUGUAAAAAAAAAUUGAGAGAGACUGAAAUGGCGGGAAAACGGUGGCAGAAGGAGGCAUGCUCUUACUGUGACAGCGAAUGUUUCUGCUUGUCACAUUGUGGCACGCCAAGCUGUAAAACAGCUUGAUGAGUAAUAGAUUGAUGGCUCAAAGCCAGUCAACAAAAAAACUAAACAAAAACGCAGCACACACACACACACACACGAAAGUGAAAAGCACAAGCGUACUACAUGGCUGGGGUUACUCUCGCACAGUGCGGCUAUGCGUGGGUUUCAGAAACUCUCGCUCUGUUUCGUUUAUUCAGCAGUACACAGGAAACCUCGUGCACUUUUUGUAUGUUACUGUAAACGGCCGUGUUAAAAACACAGCGGGGAAAAAAGACAAAAAGAAGGCAAAGGAAAGGAGGGGAAGCAUUGGUCCUGGCUGGGUGACUCUGCUUGGCUCAUUCUUGUCUCCUCCGAUGAGACUGUGUCUCUUGCAUGCCUGUGUUUGCACCAGAGAAGAAACUAUUUUUAUAUUGCGCUGUCGAAAAUUAACUAGGAACACCCACCACUUCUUCUCCUCUUCCUUUGGCAUACAUUUCCUACGUUUUUUGGGUAAAGACAGUUUAUGCUGGCAAUGAAAGGAAAAAAAACAAACCAAACAACCACUUUUUGAUAUGAAGGCCCAGUUUUGGGGAAUUUUGAUAACGCUUCCUAACUGAAUUACCAAGAAAGAGAUUUUUGCAAUAGUAAUAAGCUGAAGUACGAGAAGGAAACACAAGGCCUUAUAUCUUUGUAUUGUGAAAACAAGAACCGGCCUCGUUAUCACUCACGUCACCGUCGUCCUGCCAACAGCGUUUUCUGUUCAGUUGUAACCCCCCGUGGAAACCGGCACGCGUGAAAGGUGAUCGGGUUUACCUGUUUAAAGGUCAGUUUGUGCACUUGAGAAGGGAGUUGUACUUCUUAAUGAUUCGUGAAUUUAGAGAUGGCCCAGCUGAGGUGGACUCCUGAAAGGCCCUUGGCUUAAAUAUAAUUUCAUCAGCAAUUUUUUAUUUAUCCACACUAUUGCACUGGACAACUGGUAAAUCAUUUGAGCAUUCAUAUUUGUGCUUUAUUGAAAGUUAUGUUCACCAGCACAUUCUCUGUCACAGUCGGUUAUUUAGUGCUUUGAGUAGGAGACAGUUUAUUGCAUGGGUUUGUUCGCUGUUGCUGUAAAGACACAUUAAACACUAUUAUUUACAAAACACAAUAUACAGCAGAACGUGUAGGUCUGCGGGCGUGUAUGAAACCGCACGUUGAACACUAUUACGAGAAAUGUACAGUCAGCCAGUUUUGUGCUAGAGUUCUUAAAAAGUUCAAUCCUGUUCCAUAUCGCAUUCACUCAAACUGAAGCUGAUAUAACGUUUUUUUGUUCGUUUGUUUGUUUCCCUUGUUCUUUUUCUAAUGUUUUUGUUUUUGCUGGAAAUACGCCAAUUUCAGGGUAAUUGGCUCUGACGUCAUUUCCGGGCGUUGUCUUGUGACGCAGGUGAUGAGGUCAUGUGGUGGGCGUGUGUGACCUCACGUAGCUUUGCAUGGCCUUCGACACGCUGCAUGUUUACCUCGGAGCUUUAAAGCAGCACUUCACCCAAUUAUACUAGUAGAUGAUAAUAUGACAUUACCGAUAAUGAAGAUUAACGGAAUGUUCAAUAAUUAAAUGCAGUAAUUGACCAUUCAAUCAUUAAUAAUAACAAUCUCUAGCAAUCUAGUCAGAAUAAAGUUAACUUGCACCUACAUUCACUCAGUAUCCUUAUCGUUCGCUACUCGUUAUUAGAAACCUUUGGGUGAAGUUUUCUUUUAAACGCUCUACUGUUUUUGUUUGUCUUGGUUUCAGGCUACUCUCGCUGCUUGCUACUUUUCACAGACACGCUCAUGUUUGCCUUUCUGUUUUGUAAUAAAGUCAGCAGUUAAGUA